AUGGAAACAAGAUUUAUGCGUAUAAUCGAUGAAUUAACUCAACUCGGAAAGAACUAUACUCAAAACGAAAAGAAUCGUCGGGUUCUUAAAUCUUUGCCUCCGAGUUGGAAAGUUAAAGUUACUACGAUCAAAGAGAUGCACAAUCUCAAUGAUUACCACAUCGAUAACUUAUUCGGGAACCUUCGUGCCUACGAAGAAGAUAAUGUUCCGGAUAAGGUCAUUCCUAAAGUGGAAGACAAAAAGAAAAAUAUGGCUUUGAAGUCCAUCUUAAUCGAUGAAGAUGAAAACGACGAAGAGUUGAACGAAGAACUCCGAGUUGAACGAAGAACUCCAAAAUCUCGACGAAAGCCAAAUUACUCUCAAAAUUAUACUCCUAACAAUAAGAGUAGUUAUCCUACCACGGGCUAUAACAAGGGCAAAAUCAAUCAAAGUCCCAAUGGUUAUAAUAAUGCCAAUAACAAUGGUACUUACACUCCUCCUAAGCCAAAAGAACAAAAUCCGGAGGAAACACCUAAUGUGUGUUUUGAGUGUAAGCAACCCGGUCACUUUAAACGGGAAUGUCCUAAGCUCUCUAAGGGACGAAUUCUCGUGGCCGAAAAUGGUUGGGAUUUAAGUGAAGAUGAAGAAACUUCGGAAGCUACGGAAGAAGUGGUUAACUUGUGUUUAAUGGCUCUCGAGGAUGAUUCUUCGUCAUCGGACAUCUCCACUUCAAAUGAUGAGGUAAGCUCUCGUACUAAACUUUUACAUAAUAUGCAUCUUUUUAAUGACUCUUCGUUAAACUUGCUAGAUAUGAGUAAAAGUGAUUUGAUUGAUUUGUUGGUUGAAAUGAAUGAAAGAAAUAAUAGUGUAAAUCAACAUACCCUCUCUCGGAUUAGUGAAUUAAAUCUUAAACACGAGGAGGAAGUCUCAUCUUUAUGUGAACAAAACGAUUUCUUGAAAAAUGAAAACAACAAGUAUAAGGAUGUUGUUACAAAGCUAGAAAUCGAAAAUAUAUCCUUAGUGUUGAACACCGAAGAAUUAGAAAACGAGAAGUUACAAUUAAAUGAAAACACUCGUAUGCUUCAUGUUGACUUACUAAACUUAAAAAUUCAAAAUGAGUCAUUGGCUCAAGGUAAGUCAAAUUCGGUUGUUCAAAAGGAUAAUGAUGAAUUGGUUCAUGCCUUAAGUGAAAAAGAUGAAAUAUUCGAGUUGGAAACUCAAAGGCUUAAAGAUGAACACUCCAAGAUCUUAGCUCAAGUUAUGGAUCAAGAAAGGAUUCUUAACGACAAAAUUAAUAUUUUGAGCAAAGAAACAGAUGAUCUUGAGAGAACAAUUCAAAAGUUCACAAAAGGGAAUGAGUUGUUAGAUAAAAUGGUACAUUCGAAAAUAUCAUAUAACCAUGAAGGUUUAGGAUAUGAUAAAAAUGUUCAACCUAAGAAGUUUGUACAAGGAAAGAAACAAACUACUUUUGUCCCCGCUACACCAAAGUACAAAUGCUCUUAUUGCAAUAAAGAUGGACAUACGGUUGAAUAUUGCAAGAUAAAGAAUGGUGAGAUUAAGGGGAAGUAUAUGUGGGUUCGUAAAGGAACUAAGCCAUAUACAAAGGUUGAUCGUUUUGUACCAAAUAACUAUGUUGAUGGCACUCAAAGAAAACCAAAGUUUAGUUAUGUUCAAAAACCCAUUGCUUAUCAAAAUAGAAAUUCGGGGUAUAAGGUGUGCCUUGUUACUAAACGAGACAUGUGGUAUCUUGAUAGUGGUUGUUCGAGACAUAUGACCGGUAAUAAGUCACUCUUGAAAAGCAUUAGAAAGGUCACCGCUGGAAGUGUCACGUUUGGAGAUAGUAGCAAGGGGAGUAUCAUUGGUAUUGGCGAUAUCGGGAAUGAACAUUUCAAGAUUGCUAAUGUACAACUAGUUACGGGACUUAAGUAUAAUCUUCUCUCCAUUAGUCAACUUUGCGACAAUGGAUAUAAGAUUCAAAAUCAACAAAACAAUACCAUUGUCUAUAUAAGGACUGACCAUGGUAAGGAAUUUGAGAAUUCUAGUUUCACUACGUUUUGUGAGGAUAAUGGAAUAACUCACAAUUUCUCGGCUCCAUACACACCUCAGUCUAAUGGAGUUGUAGAAAGGAAAAAUAGGACUUUACAAGAAAUGGCAAGUACUAUGCUUAAUGAAUAUCGUCGUCCUAAAUAUUUUUGGGCCGAAGCUAUGUCUACUGCUUGUCAUAUUCUAAAUCGAGUCUUAUUACGUCCUAUGACACAAAAGACUCCCUAUGAGAUUUAUUUUGGAAAAACUCCUAAGGUUAGUUAUUUUAAAGUUUUCGGGAGUAAAUGCUUUAUCUUAAAUUCGAAGGAUUACCUUACUAAAUUUGAUCCUAAGUCAAGUGAAGGUAUAUUCCUUGGUUAUUCGACCAAUAGUAAAGCAUAUCGUGUAUUUAAUCUUAAAACUCUUGUGGUGGAAGAAUCUAUGAAUGUUGCUUUUGAUGAAUCAAAACCACCCUCGAAGUAUAUUGAUCUUGUUGAUAAAGAAGACGCCGAAACGGAUGGUGUCGAAGAUGUUAUUCGACAAUUCGAAAAUAUGGAUAUGGGUAUUUCCCCUCCUAAUAAUCCAUUAGAAUUGUUGCAAACCGAAGAUGAACUUCCUAAAGAGAUUCCAUUGAUAAGAAGUCAUCCCUUAGAUAAUGUUUUAGGGGAUUUGACGAAAGGAGUUCAAACCCGGUCACAAGUUCAAAAUGUAGUAAAUCAUCUAAGUUUUCUUUCGCAAAUCGAGCCUAAAACUGCUAAAGAGGCUUUGCUAGACGAGGAUUGGAUAUCCGCAAUGCAAGAUGAAUUAACACAAUUCACUCGUAGCAAAGUUUAG